UUACCUGGGGUACACAUUUAUUUGAAAAAAUAAUUUUUUGGGAAGAUUGAGGUUAGGAUUGGUUGAAUUUUAGCAUGGUUGCCACCUUAAAAUGGUGACAUUCAACGACUACUUCGAUGCACAUUUAAUAUGGUUUUAUUUGGUGGCCCACCCACAUUCUUUGUUUUGUUUCCAUUGGGGGGCUGCCUCGGCGUAGACCUCCUUUUUCCAAAUGGGGACGCACUCCUUCACCUUGUCGAUGCACCAUUCUGUGGCGUGGAGGGCGUCGGCGCGAUGGGGGGCCGCGACUGCGAUCACGAUGCUCGCCUCUUUGACUGGGACAGCCCCCAGACGAUGGUAAACCGCGAUGUUGGCGAUUUGGGGCCACUUGGUGCGCAUCUCCUCGCAGACUUUCUCCAGUGUUUUCAAAGCCAUGGUUUCGUAGGCUUCGUACUCCAACUUGAGGACGGUUUUAUCGUCGAAGGUGUCUCGUGUGGUCCCCAUGAAAAUGGAGACAGCCCCACAUUUCGGUGAGGAGACGAGGUCGGUCAAUGUCUCGACAUUUAGCUUGUCGUGGGUGAAUUUCAAAAAGUUCAUUUUGUGGGGGGUUAACCGCCGCUCAAAGGGGGGAUCACUGCGAGUUCGUCGCCGGGUUUUAACACGAUUUCGGUACUUUCCACGUUGCAGAAUUCUUCGUUGAGGGAGAGGAUGAUGUUUUGGGCGAUGUCGUGCAACAAAUAUGUGGUUAUGAGCGUUUCUAAGAGGGUUUUGUACGAAAUGGGGGACGGGAGGGCCAAAUUGGAGGAUUUUUUGCCCACGAUUUCUCUCGAUUUGGCGAAAAAUAACACUUUCACGGGGACUAACAUCACAUGGGUGCUGCGCUUACAUAAUCAACGAAUUGUUAUUAAAAAUAAUUGGUUUUAUCAAAAUGAACGCAAACAUAACCUCAAUUUUUGACACUUGACAAAUUUAAAAUUUAUUUAUUUAAAAAAAAAAUUAUUAAAUUGUUUUAAUCUAGUAAAAUUGUAUUUAAGUGCGUGUUAGUUUACUGCAAGUUGGACCCUUUCAAAACACUUGUUUUUUUUUUUAAUUAGAGAUUUAAACAUAUGGCCUUGAAAUAGUUUGUUAAAAAUUCCGUGGCGCUGCGGGCGAUUAAAACUCAGAGCCCUAAAACUUAAGAAAAUAAUAAAAUAUCAGAAAAUUUGUAGUACUAGUUGGUAGUAAAGAGAGUACUUGGUUCCUAUUAGCUAUUUACUGUUUUUUUUUCUCCACUACAAUAAGUUAGCAUUAUUUUGCCAUCUAUUUCAAAACUUUCGAAUUACAAAAAGUUAGUAGAAGAUUCCGCUUAUACCGACCAAAAAAUUUUUAAUACUAGAAAAAAACAGGUCAAAAUCUUUGUAAUAUUUGCGUUUUAAAUGUACCUUUGAAAACAGGGCAAAAUCCUUAAAAACAAACUGUUCUGAAAGGGCCCUACUUCUUCUUCGAAAGACUGCUUAUUUUGACAUAACCUCAAUUUUUGACACUUGACAGGCGACAAAUUCAAAAAUUUUGAUCAAUUCUGUGUAAAACGCAUUAUUGUUAAAUAAACUACCAAAAGCCACUAUUUGUGGACAAGUUGACAAUUAUUUUUCCCCCACAACCCCUAAAAUACAACUGCUAUGACAACAAUUGUUUGAUCAAUCAAAAAACACGAUGGAGUCUUUGCAAAGGCCCCAAAUCAUCUGCCACGUCCAAAAAGCCCUAAACUACACCAUCCACGACGUUAAGUGGAUCCCCUGUUCGGCGAAAUUCGUCUCAAUUGGAGGCAAAUCAAAUGGGGCUGGAAUCAUCGAAACUUACUCAAUUAGUGGUGAAGGAAUCGAAAAAGUGUCAGAAUUCGGGAAAAAAGACCACUUCAAAUGUGGCACUUUCCACGCUUCGAGUCUACGAGACCGCCACCUUGCGACUGGGGACUUCAGUGGGCGACUCCAAGUCUGGGAUUUGGAAGAGAAUCUAGUCCCGAUUUACAAAUCGGAGAAGCACCGCGGGGUCAUCAACGCCAUUGACGGCGUCGCGGGGGCUGUCAGCGGGUGUGGGGCCCCUGAAAUCGUCACCGGUUCAAAAGACGGGGCGGUUAUGGUGUGGGACGUCCGGCAGAAAGACACCCCCGUGGCCAAGUUCUGCGGGGGCUCCCAAGGCCGCGAUUGCUGGAGCGUAGCCUUUGGCAACUCCUACAACAACGAGGAACGCGUCGUAGCCGCUGGCUACGACAACGGCGAUUUGAAAGUCUACGACCUUCGUAGCAUGGCAGUAAAGUGGUCGAAAUGUCUCAAAAACGGGAUUGUCUCCCUGCAAUUCGACCGCAAAGACAUCCCCAUGAACAAGCUAGUCGCCACAACCCUCGAGUCGAAAAUCUUCUGUUUCGACGUGCGCACGCAGCACCCCACGAGGGGGUUCGCGCAAGUGGUCGAAAAGGCCCACAGUUCGACCGUUUGGUGUGCGAGACACCUCCCCCAAAACCGGGAGAUUUUCAUGACCACGGGGGGCACAGGAUCGCUGUGUUUGUGGAAAUAUAAUUAUCCGACUCGGAGAGUGGAAAAAGACGCCGAUGGACUGGAAUAUGGGGUUGCAGGGGAGCUGAACUUGCUACAAAACAGCACCUUGAGCGACCAACCCAUCACGAGUUUUGAUUGGUGUCCCGAGAAGGCGGGGCUCGCCGUGUGCUCGGCCUUCGACCAAACCAUCAGAGUCCUAAUCACGACUAAACUUAAUUUGUAUUAAUUACCAAUUUAAUAAAUAAGUGACCCUAA